AUAAGAAUUUGAUAAAUAUUGUGAUGUUGAUUGUGAGUUAUGACACGGACCUUAUUGUUUUAAAAAUCGUUAACUGGUUAGGACUGUUGAGAAGUAUUACAUUUUUUUUGUUGAAAUUACUUCCUUUUAUAGUUACCGUUGUAGGCCUUGAAUAGUAUUAAUUUGUUUUUUAUUACUAAUUAUCUGUUAUCAUAUUAUUGGCUAUAUUGGCCCAUCUCACAGGGGAUUGCAACAGUGUUCAAACAAUGGUGGACCGAUUAGUAAAUAGUGAGGCAAAUGCCCGUCGCAUUACUAUGGUCGAAAGUUGUUUCGGUAGCUCAGGACAACCUUUAGCUGUUCCCGGGCGUGUUUUAGUUGGUGAAGGUGUACUGACAAAAAUUUGUCGAAAAAAACCAAAACCCAGACAAUUCUUUCUGUUCAACGACAUUCUAGUAUAUGGAAAUAUACUUAUUAACAAAAAAAAAUAUAACAAACAGCAUGUUAUACCAUUAGAAGAAGUAAAAUUGGAAUCUUUGCAAGAUGAAGGGCAGUUAAGAAAUGGAUGGUUAAUUCGAACGGCGUCCAAGUCAUUUGCUGUUUAUGCAGCCACUUCAACAGAAAAACAAGAAUGGAUGGCACACAUUAAUAAAUGUAUUGAAGAUUUGUUAAGAAAGAGUGGUAAAAAAGCUGUUGAAGUCCAUGCAGCGGUAUGGGUUCCGGAUUCUGAAGCCAAUGUUUGCAUGCAUUGUAAAAAGACUCAGUUCACAGUCCUCAAUCGAAGACAUCAUUGUCGUAGCUGUGGUACAGUAGUGUGUGGUCCAUGUUCUAGUAAACGGUUUUUAUUACCAAAUCAGUCGACUAAACAAUUGCGCGUCUGCCUUAAUUGUUUCGAUAAACUAUCUAGAGAUAAAGCACAACAAAACAGUACUAACCUCAAUUAUCUUAGAAACUCUUUAAAAGAUCGCAGUGAAUCUUCUGGUGAUGAUGAUUCUGAUGAUGAUGACAAUUUUGUCCCAUCAACUACAACACCAGAGCAACCAAAGUUUUACUGAUUUUACCAUCUACAUGAGUACUUUCUUUGUUUUACUAACAUUUUCUAUGAAGUUUGUUAUUCAUGGAAUUAUUUGAUUUGACAAGAGUUUAAUCAUAAUUGUUUGUAUUUUUGUAAAAGCAUAUUUUAACUUUAUAAAAUAAUGCAAAUUGAAUCCAUAGAUCUAUUAUUUUAUAUAAUGCGUAAAAUCCGAAUUAUGUAUUUGUGAUAUACCUUGUUAAUAGUAUUGUUAAGUUGUCCUUAUCAAUAUUAAGUUAAUCAAUGUCUUGUUAAUAUUAAAUAUUAGUCUAUUAUAUUUAUUUACAAUCAAAGUAUUUUUUUCUGAUAAUAAUUUAUUUUUACAAUGAAAGAGACCAAAUAAUAUUAUUCACUUGGGUCAAUAAUAUUUAAGAAUUUAUACAUAAGUCAAUUUUUAAUAUUUGAAUGGGAUGGAUUUAGUUUUAUUACUUUUUAAUUAUAACUAUUAAUUAUAAUCAUAUUCUCUAACUCGUUUUUAUGUAUUUUUUCUGUAAUUAAACUACCCACUGUUAUUAAAAAGAAAACCUAAAGAAUUAAAUAAUCACAGUAUUACAGUUAGUGUUACCAUUUAAAAUAUUGUUUUUUAUUACUAAUAUUAUGUAACAUAUUAUAACUAGCAUAAUUUCAAAUAUAAAACAAUAUAAUAUUAUUAUUUGGUUUUAAACAAAACAAAAAAAUUGUAUUGGAAAAUACCAUACUAAUUUAAAACAUAAGUUUAAAUAUAAUUGCAGUCACUUCCUUGUUGAU